AUGCAUUCACCCCUAUGUAAUAUUGCUGGACCUGAGUCCGUGGCCACGCUGCUCAGAGUCGCCCUGCUCUAUAUCAUCACCAACCCGAGAGUGCAUCAGAAACUCACCGCCGAGAUUGACCAGAUGGACCUCGCCGGGUCUCUGUCCACUCCCGUAUCAUUCAAAGAGACGAAGCAGCUCCCUUAUCUAGGUGCCGUGGUGAGAGAGGUGUUUCGAUUCCAUCCUCCUAUUGGAACUCCAUUCCCUCGCGUCGCCCCGCCUGGAGGCACCACGAUAUGUGGACAUUUUAUUCCUGGAGGUUGCGAUGUUGGCUUCAGCAUGUGGGCCUUAGGCCGCAACAAGAAGGUCUACGGCGAGGACGUGGAACGCUUCCGUCCGGAGCGGUAUCUGGAGGCAACCCCCGAGCAGCUUCUACUUUUUCAAAAAGCAGACAUGAGUUUCGGGGCUGGUAUGACUACUUGUCUGGGAAAACAUAUCGCGAUGUUUGAGAUCUACAAGACCAUAGUUGAGCUCUUCCGAAACUUUGAGAUCGAAUUGGCAGACCCGUUUCACCCUUGUAAGAUCGAGAACAUCUUCGCUUUCUUUAUCGAUGACAUGAACGUCUUCAUCAAGCCGCGAUCCAAGAAGGCUUCUGCUUGA